AUGUCUCUGCGGCUGGUGCUUUCCGGCUCGACGCCAGGCCUGUGGCAGCUGGUGGUCGACGGCGUAGAGACCGAUGAGCGCGGGAUGCAUCCCACAGCUGUAUCAGGCUCCAUCAGAACCGAAAGCCAUGUGGUGCGGCUAUUCGGCUCGGCUGCAGUUGGCCCGCUGAUUCUCACAGCUGUCGAGGUUGUGGCCGACGACGCACAGUGCCGGCUCCCACCUCCGCUCUCGACUCAUGCCUUGGCGGGCGAUGUUCGCACCGACAGCGCAGCCGCUGACAGUGACGGGCAGCUGGCGGUCCCAGUGCUGGACACCCGGCCGGGCUCGGCCAAUGUAAUCUAUCUGGACUUUGACGGCGAGAAUGUGACCGAGACCGAGUGGAACACGCAGUACGGCGGGCCGAUGGCUGCGGCACCGUUCUCGAUGGACAGCAACAUGACAGCGUUUUCUGCUAAGGAUAUUGCGGUCAUCACCACGAUUGUCCGCGGGGUGGCCGAGGACUACGCACCGUGGGACAUCAGUAUUACCACGUCACGGGCGCGGUACGACACGGCGGACGUGUCGUCACGGUCUCACUGCGUCAUCACCAACUCGGUCUUUGCCGGCUUCAACACCGGCGGUGUGGCGCACAUGUACGCUUUCCCGGACUCGGACUACUGGCAGCCGACGUGGAUUUUUGCGUCGAACCUCGACAUGGACGUGCAACACAUUGCCAGCGCUGCCGCGCACGAGCUCGGGCACCAGCUCGGUCUCUUUCACGACGGACGGACCGGCCUCGGCGAGUACUACCCAGGCCACGGCAUCGGCGCCACAUCCUGGGCCCCGAUCAUGGGCCUGCCCUACGGCGCCUCCAUCACACAGUGGUCCGACGGGGACUACUUUGGCGCAACCAACACCCAGGACGAUGUCUACGACGUGGCAUGGCUCAAUGCCGUCGACCCUGUCCCGGAUGAUGUGCCCGACUCGCCCGCCCAAGCUCUCGCCCUUGACACAACUUCGAUCCAGGCCGGCGCUGUCCUCGCGUCGGGCGUCAUCUCCAACCGUAACGACGCCGAUGCAUUCCUGGUUGUCGUCGAGCAUGCCGGCCCGUUCGCGCUGGAUGUCACCACGCUCUCGCAAGAGCUGCCGGGUAUGGGCAAUCUCGACGUGAGGGCAGAGCUGUACGAUGCCAACGAUGGAUACACCCUCAUCCACGUGUCAGACAGCCCGGACGUGGUCACCGCGCGCGUCCAGGCCCAGGCCACAUCUUAUGCCAAGAACUGGGUAGUUGUCGUCCGUGGCACAGGCUGGGGCCAUCCGGCGUCAGCCAACACAACCGGGUAUUCUAACUACGGCUCGCUCGGGGCGUACACGCUCUCGGUCAGCCGCUGGCCCGCCGCCCCGGCGCUCUGCAACAGCUCGUCCGUCCGCAACCGCGAAUGCGAGGCCUGCUCGCGCCGCGUGUCUCGGAUAUGUUGA